CGCAGUGGCUGGGCAAUUUGAAGACGACGGUACUCCUGUAAAUAUCAUCUGCACGCCUGUCUGCCCUCGAGUUGCAUGAUCAACUGAUGCUCAAUCUCGCGACUCUCUUAUCUUGACUUACAGCCAUAAAUUCAAGUGGGACUUCCGCUCGGGACCAAGCCAAAAGCUCACUCUUUUGUACCGCGGGAUCACAUCUCAACUAUCGAGUCUAGCGGUAAUCACCCGCCUGCUCUUCGCGUUUUGAACUUCUAUUCCUGCAAACCAAUUUCUUUCGCAAUGAUGAUCGCCACACAUCCUACCUAUCAUCAGCAGCAACAGCAACCACAGUCUCCGACCCCGCCUUUUGCCGAAACGCAAUCGCGCUUCAGCACGCCCACGCGUUCGUCACCACUCUCCCCCCAUCGCCAUCAUACCUUACCAGCAUUGUCGUCGUCGCCAUCAUCAACAGCCUCAGCAAUGACCACCCCCAACACGCCAAUCGCCACCACAAGAUCCAACAUCUUCUCCAGCCCUCUUGUCAACGGCACCACCACCACCAACCACAAUGCCGCUGCCCGCACCGACCCUGAAACCCCAGCAACAAGCUUCCUCCCUUCCUCCCCACUCUCCGGUCGCCCAUCUCCAUACUUCUUCGGGUCCCCUAUACAGAAACAGCCUGUUGUAACGACCGCCUCACCCGCCCCUCUCUUCUCCUUCCACCCCGACAACACCUUCAUCCCUACGAACGAAGAAGCAGUAGCAUCUGGAUCCCCCACAAGCCACAAUCCCUCCCGCUUCGCUACUCGCUUCGCCUCCCAGAUCGCCAAUCCCCUCACUAACGCUGCCUCGCGCACGAACCGGACGUACACGGGGACGUCCGUCUCGCCCGCGGCGCGCAACACACGGCGCAACGCCUUCCUGAACCGCAUCAAACGGGACCGCGAGGACGGACGGUUCGAGAACCGCGGGGAGCAGUUGGUGCUUUUGGAGCACGUGGCGGAGCAGAGGCGGUGGGGAGAGGCGAUGCGACGGUCGGCGGUGGAUGAGUUUGAGUUUGCGGGCGGGAUUGGGAUGGAUGGGCAGGAGGACGAGGCAGAGUUACCGGACGAGGGGGAGGGGGGGUCGGACGCGUUGGAUGAGUACAUUUUAGAAUUGGAGCGGGAUGGAGCUGCUGAUGCGCAGGGCAGGUUUAAUGCUGGUGAGGGUUCGUCGUUCAGUGAUGAGGAGUAUGAUGAUAUUUUUAUGGAUCUGGCAGGGGACACGGAGGUGGGGAUGGUGCACAGUCAGGAUAUGGAUAUGUCGUGAUGCUUUUGGGGCUGUUUGGCUCUGAAUGUCGCUGGUCGACUUUUUUGUUUUUACUUUUUAGGGUGCUGGGUCUGGUCUGUGGGCUCAUGCUUGGGACAUGUAGAUAGAAUUACUAUAUAGAGUCCGCUCGGUUGUGCUGAUCGUCUGGAU